AUGGCCACAUCAUCUACUUUUAUUCUUGAUUCAACAUCAAAUGUUACUGUUAAUAAAAAUAAAAAUAGUGCAACUCAUCAUUUAAAUCGUAGCAUUGAACGUUCACUUGAUGAAGCAAGUCAUACAGGUGAACUUAAUUUAAAUGGUCGUACACUUCGAGAAUUUCCUAAUUAUAAAUGUGAUCUAUCUGAUACAGUCAUUGCUGAUCUUUCUCGUAAUCGUUUUAUUGAAUUUCCACGUAUAUUAUGUUCAUUUUUUUUUCUUGAACGUUUAAAUCUUUAUCAUAAUGUAAUUAAAUCAAUACCUGAACAAAUUGUUCAAAAUCAUAUGUUACAAACUCUUGAUUUAAGUCGAAAUCAACUUGCUUUUAUUCCACCAGCAUUAUGUAGAUUACCUAAUUUAGAAGUUUUAAUUAUUAAUAGUAAUAAACUUGUUACAUUACCCGAAGAAAUGUGUGAAUUAGAACGAAUAAUUGANCUCUUUAAAAAAGCAAAUAUUUGGUAUCAGCAUAAAAAACUGAGUCUAUUUAUGUGUGGCGAUUUAAAUGUUUCACAUCAAAGUAUUGAUUUAGCAAAUCCGAAAUCCAAUACAAAAACAGCUGGUUUUACACAAGAAGAACGUGAUGAUUUUGCAAAAAUUCUUGCUGAAGGUUUUAUUGAUUCAUUUCGUUAUCUUUAUCCUGACGAACAUAAUGCUUACACUUAUUGGUCGUAUUUUCGUAAUGCUCGUAGUCGUAAUAUUGGUUGGCGUUUAGAUUAUUUUAUUAUCUCAUCUCGUUUACAAGAGAAUUUAUGUGAUGUUAUCCAUCAAACAGGUGUUUAUGGAUCAGAUCAUUGUCCAAUUGUUUUAUUAGUAUCUGUAUAA